AUGGCACAUCAGAAUGAUGAAGUUCAAACCCUCAUUCGUGAUCUUAGAGAUGCCCAUGGUGAUUACGCCUACGACGAAACCGAGCAACGGAAUACCGUAUUCAGGAGAUCAAGUCCAAUUCUGCGCGACACAAAUGCUUCGUUCUCACACUUAAGAAAACCAAGAGCUCCUGAUAAUUACAUGCCAUUGCCAGUUUACAGGCCAUUGCAUGACAAUACUGCCAAUUUCGAUUCAUACAAGGACAAUGAAGCCGCAGCGCUUGAUGAAUAUGGUCUGUCUCCUACAUACCACGCACACCAAUCUAAAAGUGCUCUAGAUCUGAAUCUACUCGCAGAACCACUCUACCCACCUCACCGACAGAGCUUGGAUGGAUCUACCAAAGGUGCCAUUGGUCGCUUUUCACUGCAACGUCACACGGCACCCUCACGUUCACCAAAUUCGAUCCUUCCACAGCGUCUGCCCCGGCCAAUGAACAAAGGAUCUAUUCGACCCCAUCAAACGCCUUCCAAGCGUGAUCUGAUGUCCUCACCAUCCCCAAAUGCUCCAAUCUCCAGUCCAACCAUUGGUGUUAAACAGCGUCUACGCUUACAGACAGAUUCUCAGCAGCCUCGGAAUCGGUAUACGAGGUCUCAAGUGACUCCAAACGGUCCGAAUCUAGCUGCACCGGUUGACUUCCUUGAUACCAACAGCCCUCGUCAGCACCACAGACAGAGAUCUUUCUAUGCGAAUAACGAUACAUCUUCCCCUUCAGAAUCCUUCGGAAUGCAGGAUACGAGAAAGCACGCGCCAGAUGCUCCUCCCAGAGUCCAGGGCAUUCAGUUGAUCUCUCCUAAUGAGCUGCCAGAUCGAUUUCGAUCGAUCUUCAAAUAUCCCAUGUUCAACGCCAUUCAGUCCAAGUGCUUUGCAACUGCUUAUCAAUCCAAUGACAACCUGAUCGUUUCUGCGCCGACUGGUGGUGGGAAAACUGCUAUCUUGGAACUGGCGAUUUGUCAGCUUUUGCAACAGCUCAAAGCAGAGGACUUCAAGGUUGUGUACAUGGCACCGACAAAAUCUCUGUGCUCUGAACGCCAGCGUGAGUGGCACACAAAAUUUGCCAUGUUGGAUCUGCAUUGCGCUGAGCUGACCGGCGAUACGGACAAUUAUCACCUCCGUAGUGUACAGAGUGCUCACAUCAUCGUCACAACACCGGAGAAAUGGGACAGCAUGACCAGGAAAUGGAAAGAUCAUGCAAGACUCAUGCAGAUGGUCAGAUUGUUCCUUAUCGACGAAGUACAUAUCCUUCGAGAAGCUCGUGGAGCUACACUUGAGGCCGUUGUCUCAAGAAUGAAGUCCGUCGGCUCAAAGGUACGCUUCGUUGCAUUGAGCGCGACGAUUCCCAACUCAGAUGACAUUGCGUCCUGGUUCGGAAAGGACGCGGCACAUGAACACACGCCAGCUGCACGAGAGGUAUUUGGCGAGAACUUCAGGCCUGUCAAGCUUCAGAAGUACGUCGUAGGUUUAUCUUACAUAGGCAACGACUUCGCAUUCGAGAAACUUUGCGAUCCUGCGUGA